AUGGCUUCGGCGUCCGGAAGCAGGCGGGUCCGCCGGCCGCCCUCGCUGGGCCGCGUGGCGGUGGUGAUAGACCCGGGCUCGGGCUUCAUCAAGGCGGGCUUCGCAGGUGAGCACCAGCCGCGCCUGGUGUUGAAGAGCUCCAGCUGGGACCGGCCCUUGUUGCCCGCUGUGCUGGGCUGCGAGCGGAUGGGUGGUGUGACGCGGGCGCACCCCAUCAAGCACGGCUUGGUAGUGGACUGGGAGGCCCUGGAGGGGCUGUGGGAGCGCCUGCUGGUGGGCGGCCUGCGGGUGUGCCCAGAGCAGUGGCCCGUGCUAGUGAGUGAUUCGCCGUCAGCGCCGCCCGUGGGCCGCGAGAGGAUAGCCGAGCUGCUGUUCGAGGCCUUGGCAGUGCCCGCGUGCCACAUGGCCAGCACAGCAUUGCUGGCGCUCUGCUCCACCGGCGCCUUCAGCGGGCUGGCCGUGGAGGCAGGCGCGGGCGUGUGCCACGCCACACCCAUCUAUGCAGGACACUCAUGGCACGAGGCCACGUUCCGGCUGGACGUGGCAGGCAGCACCCUGUCUCGCUACUUGCGGGACCUGCUGGAGGCAGCAUGCCCCCACCUACAGCUGCGGUCCCUGCCCCGAAAGGCCAUCACGCAGCUCAAGAAACGCUGCUGUUAUGUGUCCCUGGACUUUGAGGGUGACCUUCAUAACCAGGACCGCCAGCAUCCGGUCAGUGUCUGCUUAGGCAACGGUUCCCGUGUCUGUCUCAGCAGCGAGCGCUUCCGCUGCCCAGAACCCAUUUUCCAGCCAAGUCUACUAGGCCAGGCCAGGCCAGGACUGCCUGCACUGGUCUUCCGGGCGCUGCAGAAGGUUCCCAUAACACUACGGAAGCGACUGGCUGAUACCGUGGUGCUGGCUGGUGGCUCCACACUUUUCCCUGGCUUCACUGAGCGCCUAGAAAUGGAGCUGGAGGCGCAGUGCCGGAGGCAUGGCUAUGGGGCCCUGAGGCCUUGCUUGGUGGCCAAGCCUGGGCGUGGCACAGCAGUAUGGACAGGUGGCUCCAUGGUAGCCUCCUUGCACUCCUUCCAAUGUCGCUGGAUAACCCGGGCCAUGUACCAGGAGUGUGGCUCCAGGCUGGUGCACGAAGUGUUCAACUGAGUCACUGGAGGGGAGGUGUCACACGAGGGGCAGCAGGAGCAGAGGCUUGACGGGCUGAGCUAUCAGAGGCAUUGAGUUCCAGAUAAAAGUCUCAAGUGAUCAGAGCUGGCAGUGUCAUCAUGUGCUGACGGGUUGUCCCUAAUCCCUACUGAGCCAGCAGGAGGUGGUCCGGACCCCUAGGACCCUCACUUCAACCUGCAGUUUCAGUCUACCCUAACCAGUGCUAGUUCAGAGAAUACCCGUUCAGGUGCCUACUCCCGGGGCCCGGUUUCCAUGGCAACAGGAAGGCAACACUCCCACCUGUGUCCAGGCCACAGAUACAGAAAUUAUUACAAGUCAUCCCCUCACCCUGUAUAAUUUGGAUUCCCAUCUUAUGCCAAGCCUCAAGGGUGACCCUUUGAAAACUGACAAAAUCCCAUGUGGAAGCAACCAGAAAAGGAAGCUCUGUCUUCAGCUGAUCAUUGACUCACUGAGGGCCUCAGUUUCCCCUUCUGUAAAAAGUGGGGUCAGGCACAAUCCUGGAUCUUCUCCAUCUUCCCUCCUUGCCUUGUAAUUAAGAGCCACAGGACAAAGGGGGUGGAGA